UAUUCUGUGGCUUUCAGUGGUAGCCUUCACUCUAUGCUUGUCGCUGGAAGUGGAGUUUUGAUUGAUAAUGCCUGGUGUGCGCGUAGUUAUCGCGAGUGUAUUACUGUCGAUUGCGUGUGAAGGUAAGUAGAUAAUCCUAUAUAUAACUUGGUACGCCGGCGUUGUGUCCAACAGUUGCAGGACAGCAGUGCUCCAAUGAAGGAGCAGUUAGAUUAGUUGACGGAAUGACUGAGAACGAAGGCAGAGUGGAGAUAUGCUACAGCCGGCGUUGGAGCGCUGUCUGUGGUACUGGAUGGGAUAGAAUCGAGGCCCGCAUCACCUGCGGGGAGCUUGGAUUCCAAUAUGGUGCGCCUGUCGACCACGGCAGAAUAUCUGAUCAAAUUUACCGUCCUCGUUUCUCGUGUGAUGGACAUGAGACUCACCUUCAGUACUGCUCUUAUUCUGCUUAUUGUUACUCAUCUGAAGAUGCUGGAGUAAUAUGUCAAAGUUCGCAGUGCAAUGAGACUGAUGUUAGACUGGUUGAUGGGCGGCUAUCUAAUGCCAAUGGUAGAGUGGAGAUAUGUUUCAAUGGGUUGUGGGGUUCAGUGUGUGAUGACUGUGGGAUGCCCGAGAUGCACAAGUGGUGUGCCGACAACUAGGAUAUGUCGGGCUUUCUAUCUCACUGCAAGGAUAUCCUGUUUUGACAAAUGAAUUGUCAUUAUUCUAUUACCUGGACAAUGUUUAUUGCAGAGGAGAUGAAGAUAUGCUAAGUGAAUGUGAACACAAUGGAGUUGGUGUUCAUAACUGUAGGUUGGGUAUG